AGCAGUCACCGAUAUCAAUAUAGAACAUAUCAAUCUUUAGUUGUUUUUUUUAUAUCUAUAUCAGACAUCAGUAUAGUUAAUAGUUAUCAGUUAAGACAACAAACAUGAAACAGGGAACAAAGUACAAACUUUCAAUACCUAAACUUUGACAAUGAUCACUCACAUGACAUAAUUAUUACGAUUUAUGAUGAUUUCUUUUUCAAAUAUAAAUCGAUAUAGCAAUCAUUGGGUUUUAACCUAAGUGCUCAACAUUGAGAUGAUAAGCUUGAUCAAAUACUGUAGAUUAGAUUCUAAAUUAUGAUCUACAGUAUUUGAUUUAAUAAAUGAAGUUUAAAAGAUUAUCAGUAUAAUUUGGCUGUUAACUGUCUACCAACUAAGAUGUCUUUUUUGCCAGAGAAAGAGCCUUUAAAGUUUGAUGUAAAUCUUUGUGGAGCUCCUGAAGAGAUAGUUCAAUUAGUGGAUAAUAUUAAAAAAGUUGGAGAACAAUUUUUAUAUCAUUGGAAAACAUUUCCAAUAAUUUUACCACCAACAGCUAUUACAACAAAAUUUCAAAUAAAUGGAAGUGAUUCAACGUUUGGGCCAGGUACAGAUUCAAAUUGUACCUUGGCCAGGCGAACCAUAACAUCUAUUCGUUCCAUUAACUGUCGAGAUUUAUUUGUUCCACCAUCUUUUGACGAAUUAGAUGCGGUGGCUGUAAAUACCAAAGGUGAACCUAGGCAUCUAAAUGCCAAACAACUAGAAUCUUUACGUGAACGUGGUCUGGACAAGGAUAUACAUGGAAAGCCAAAGAAGUUAAACUCAAAACAAUUGGAUACUAUACGUAAACUAGGAGAAUUUGAAGUGGCUAGUAUUAAUUUUGUUGGCCAAACACACAAAUGGAGAUUAACAGAAUGGUUACAAAAAGGAACAGAAAGGAAUCGAGAAACACUACUAGAUGAUUUAGCAUUUGCUUUACAAUUUUUGUUAGUGACUGCAAGAGCUAGGUUAUUUUCACAUUUUUUUAGCAUAACGGAAUCUAUAAAAGCUAUACUAACUGGCGUGAUCAAAUUAAUUGAUAUAAUAUUUGGAGUACCUUCUUUAAAAGCACAUAAUUUACCUGAAAAAAUAAGAGAAGAACGAUGUCGUUAUUUAGUUGCUGAAUUAAUUUGUCGACCUGAAUUAGAGCAUGCUUUGGAACAUUUAAUAAGUUUUGUUCGAAAACAGUUGCGAAGAGCUGCUACAGAAAAAUUUGAACCAUCAAAAGAAGCAAUGUGUCCUCAGAUUCCUAUUCCUUAUCAGUUUUUGACUCCAAAACGUGAAGAAAUUGACUUGAGGCUUUUUGAUAGAGAUAUAAUGAAAAAAGCAUUACCUGUGAUAAUGGGGUUGUUGGAACGUGAGACACGAGGUUGGUUUCUACAUUUUAGAGAAAAACUUAUUUAUGAAUUAAAAACACAAAAGUUAUCAGAUGAAGAGAUUGAAAAAUCAGUUAAUGAAGCUGUAAUGAAAGAGUAUUUACAACGUGUUUAUAAAAGUAUAAUUAAUAAUGUAGAACUGCAGAUGUUAGGUGAUGGAAUUCCUAAUCUUUUGAUCAACCAAGCACAAUGCAUUGUUCUUAUGCACCGAGCUGUUGAAAAUGUACAAAGGAAAAUAAUUAAACAAAAAAACACACUCUCUCAAAGAAUGCAAUAUACUUAUCCUGUAUUGUCACGUAUUGGUCCUUGGAUGAGAGAUAAACAAACCAUUGCUGAGGAAAAAUUUAUCCAAGAAUGUCAAUGGAGUGCUCAUGAAGAAGCAUUAACUCUUUGUAAAGAAUAUAAAUUACAUCAAGCUGUCUAUUUUUUACAAAGAGAUUUGGCUUUUAUGAGAGAAAGGGAACCAGUCUUGUCAAAAGAGCUCAAAGCUGUUAAAAUUCCAACUAGAACUUUUCAUUGGUUAACACAAAUUUGGCUUCCAAAAAAUUGGAUUGUACGUAGAUCAUUCCAAGGUCAAUCAGAAACAAUACCAACUGUAUUAAGUUCAACAGCAACAGCUAUAACAACACCUAGGUCUAAUCCCAGUCAAGCUGUGUUUUUGGUAGAAAAAGAAAUAACCCACACUACCACGACAAGAUGGCCAUUUUGGAGAGUUAUUAACUUCCUAUAUCGCACUUGGACAUGGACAUGGAAUGCUAUGUUUUUCUUUGGUGUGGUUAUACCAUGGUGUAGUCCUGUAAGUGUACGUUCUUUGUUUUGUUCAGAAUCAUUUUAUCCAGAUUUAGAAUUAUCUCAAGUGAACGGUACAUUAUUUCCUAGAAAAUCCUCACUUACUUCAACACUCCUAUCUAGGUUAAAUUUACUCUGGCGGCACAUAUCAAAGAGUCGAACUCAUUUUGAAACAAAACCUGAUACAGGGUUUAUUGGUAAAGGAAUGACUAGACACUUAAAUCGAACUUGGAACUAUGUAAUUAAGGGUAUAUUGGGCACUUUGGCCAUGUUAAUUAUUUUUCCAAUUAUUUGUCUCUCUGCAAGUUUUGGAAGUCUUAUAGUGGCAUUAACUGGUCCAUUAUGGAUGCCUUUGGUAACAUUAUUAUUACACGUGUUCAAUGGGUUAAUUUAUGAUUUGGACUCUCCGGCUGAAUGGAAAAAUAGAUAUUUUGUUGUAAUUGAAGCAUUAGUUUGGAAUAUAUUAAUCCAAGGCAUUUUACAACCAUUGAUAGCGUGUUUAAUUGCUUUUAUAUUUUGUCCAAUAGUUACUGUAAUUUUAUUUAUUGUUGGUCUGUUGAAAUAUUGGUUUCGCUUAGCAUGGGAUAGCAUUAUAUACCAUUUGGUGAUAAAAAAACGUGGACGAAUACCUGCAUGUGAUAGUUUCAUUGUUAAACGUGUUGCUGGUCCAGGCAUGGCAUCAGAUUAUUACUUUCAAAUUCGUCCUGAGCAAGCUUUAGCUGCAUUUGAAGCUAAAAUGGAGUUGGAUGAACUUAAUGCAUAUCAAAAUCUUAUGGAGCAAAAAAUUCAACAACCACAAAAAGAUUUUGCUCGCUUUGUUGAUGUAUGUUUUGGACCAUUUAGUGCACAUUUAGCCAAAAACGGAGCUUAUCGAAUUUUGGAAAAAGAAGCACAGGAUUUGAUGACAGCACUUCAAGAUAAAUUGGAAAGAAGAUUACGAGAACUUCAAUCUGGUUUGUCAACAACUCUAAAAUCAAAAAUUAGAUUAACUUCAAAGGAUCUUAAAAUUACAGUUGCUUUAGCAUCAAAAAUGUUAGAAUAUUGGUACCCUCAACAUGUAAUGCAGAAGUUAAAUAUUAGUGAAGAAGAAUUUUGGGAAUCUAAAGGACUUUCAGUUAAUGAUUGGUCUGCUCUUGCUGUUGUAUUUCUUACAGAUAUAUUUAGUUUGGACUUUCUUACACCAUUGGAUGAUGCAGAUACUAAAUUUAAAUUAGAAACUGAACAGAGUGUAGAUUUAUCCCGUUUUUAUAAUGCUGUUCAAAGUAUUAAUAUUGAUGGGCAGUGCUCAGAAAUGUUGGGUCCUUUAUAUUCGUCACGUGGAAAUAUUCAAAUUCAAUCACCAUAUUUGGAAAUUUCAGCUUUUAAUCCUCGAUCAAAAUUACUACAUUGCAAAUUCAAAAAAUUAGAUAGUGCUAGCAAUAGUAUUACGUACACAAUGUUAUUAGGCAGUCGUUUUAAAACUGGUACUCGCAGACACAAAGCAUACUUGAGAACAAAUUCUAUGCCAUCUCAACGUAAUAAAUCUCGGCCAUGGAAACAAAUACAACAGUCAUAUAUGGCAGAUAAAAUGUGCAUACCAUUACCUGUCCCUCAUCCAGCCCAUAUAGCAUUAAUAAUAUACAAUCGGGAUUCUGAAUCUCCCAUUCCUUUAGAAUCUGAAAACUGUAUUGGAAUUUUGAGAGCCUUAGAAGAUAGAACAUCUGAUCCUACUUCAACUGAUUAUAUUCCUGCUAGUAGUUUUGAUAGUAGUGCAGAUUCUCGUAGUUCACUGACAUCAGAAAGUGUAGAACCAGAAGAGCAAAAUGUUAAUGUAUAUAAUUGGCAACGUGAUGAUUGGAUGUUGCGAACGAGGCAGGCUGGAGCUGUACGAGUAGAAUUAGCAUCACCUGAAGAUAUAAGUCUUGAUUCUGAGUCUACGAGAGUUGUAUUUGGUACGUUAGGAACAACUGUAUGACUGAGUUAGCUUAUACAUUAAUAAAUUAUAUCCAUGACAAAUAAUGCAAUAAAAAUAAGUACUUAUAAUAAUUUAAAUAAACA